UGUGCGCAAUAAAAUACAUUCUUGAUAAGGCGGGGUUCGGGGAUAAAGCAAAGCAACUGUAAACAUAUAUCUGUGGUUCACGAACUCCACAGCGAACAGACUCUCAGCUCCCCAAGAUCAGUUCUCCACUGGCAUUCAAAGCGUUCGGUCGCCAACGAGUCUAAAAAUAACCCGAAAAACAUAAACUUAAAGCGUGACCCACAUUGAAACCUGUGAAUAUGUCAACCGUUCAGACCGUUCUCGGCACUAUCACCCCCAACCUGUUGGGGCGAACUUUGACCCAUGAGCAUGUAGCUCUCGAUUUCGAGCACUUCUACCGCCCACCGCCGCCGGAUUUCGAGAGCGAGUUGAAGGCCAAGAUCAGCAUGUCCACCCUCGGAUAUGUCCGUCUUUACCCGUAUUCCAGCAAGGAGAACGUCCGCUUCUACGAUGGAGAAGCUCUGGAGGCGGCCAAAAAGGACGUGCUGCUCUACAAGAAGCACGGCGGUGGCAGUAUUGUGGAAAACAGCAGCUAUGGGCUGAAACGCAACUUGGAGUUUAUUGUGGAGCUGGCCAAGAGCACGGGUGUCCACUUUAUUGCCGGCACAGGCCACUAUAUCCAUGCCAUGCAGGAUGCCAGUCAUGCCAGCUUAACCGUGGAGCAAAUGAGUGAUCUCUACUCCAAGGACAUCAUCACUGGCCUGCAGGUCAACGGUCAGGCGGUCAAGUGCGGAUUCAUUGGCGAGGUGGCCAGUGUCUAUCCCAUCCACGAUUUUGAGAAAAAAACGAUUAAGGCGGCAGGCGAGAUCCAGGAAGUUCUGGGCUGUGGAGUUUCCAUGCAUCCGCAUCGUGUGACCAAAGCCCCAUUUGAGAUCAUGCGCCUUUACUUGGAGGCGGGUGGGCGUGCCGACAAGUGCGUAAUGUCGCAUUUGGAUCGCACAAUUUUCGACGUCGAUGAGCUGCUGGAGUUUGCCAAACUGGGCUGCUACAUUCAGUACGAUCUCUUCGGCACGGAGUGCUCCUUCUAUCAGCUCAAUACCAGUGUGGACAUGAUCUCCGAUGGCCAACGUAUUGACAACCUGGUGAAGCUCAUUAAAGAGGGUUUAGUGGACAAGCUGCUCAUGUCCCACGACAUCCAUACAAAACAUCGAUUGACUUCCUAUGGCGGUCAUGGCUAUCAUCACAUCCACACCAACAUCCUGCCGCGAAUGUUCGAGCGCGGAGUUACUUUGGAGCAGGUCGAGCAAAUGACGGUCACCAAUCCGGCCAACUGGUUGGCCUUUGACCCCUAGAGGCGUGUUGUUGAUUGGUAGCAUCUCUUAUCAUUUUAUUCCCGUUGAUAAGAUUAAAAUUGUUAUUUUGGCAGUAAUAAAUGGGCGUGUCUUCGAAUU